AGAUAAUAAUUAUAAUGACCCCGGCCCCCCUUUCUCUCUCAUCCCCCUCUUUCUUUCUCUCUCUCUCUGGGUUAUAGUCUUUCUUGGGCAUUGCCUUUUUUGUGGGUGAGGGCUGAUUGAUUGAGAAUAACAGAUACAUAACGAAUACGGAAAUGUUUUGGAUUCUGUGGUCUGAAAAUAAAGAUAUUGCUGCUUUCAGAUUCUAGUCGAAGAAGAAGAUAUCGAAGAUAUAUGAAGAAAGAAUUGUAUCCUUCCUCUUUUUAAAUCUUCAAUUUUAGAAUAAACUGUUUCUUGAUAUAUGCUAUUCCCUUUUCAGAAUCCCACUCACAGUCUAGCUAAAGCUACCCUCCUAAUUAACAUCGUACCAUAAUCCAAUCCUCCUGCCCUCUCAUAUAAUCAAUCUUGAAUGACAAUUUUGAAAAAAAUUUCCCUUUUUUUUUUUUUUUUCUUGAGGUUUAAUUUAAUUUCUUAGGUGGGGUGCUCUCAUUUCAAAUUCAAUCCCUCUUUUCCCCUAAAAGAAUCCUAAAACCUAUAGGGUAUAAUUGUGGUGGCAGUUCUUGAAUUUUUUGGCAAGAAAUUUCACUAGGGUUUUGAGGGAGGGAGGAGGGGGUCCAUACACAUAUUUUCUACAAGCCCUUUUCUUUCUUAAUUUCUUUCUUUCUUUCUUUCUUUCUUCUUCCCCUUUCUGUCAAAAAUUAAGCUUCACACAGUGUCGUAGUACUGCAGUCCAAGUUUGGUAAUUAAGAAAAUAAAUUGAUUAAUAAUGGUGAGGGGGAAGGUGCAAAUGAAGAGAAUAGAAAAUGCAUCGAGCAGACAGGUGACAUUUUCGAAACGCAGAAGUGGGCUUAUGAAGAAGGCUUAUGAGCUCUCAGUGCUCUGUGAUGCUGAAGUUGCUUUGAUCAUUUUCUCCCAAAAGGGUCGACUCUAUGAAUUUUCAAGUACUUCCAACAUGCAAAUGUCGAUACGAAGAUACAUGGAGCUCACUAAAGAUCAGAACAAAAGCGUAGAAGUCGAACAACAUAUACAGAGGUUAAAGAACGAAACAGCAUUCAUGGCGAAGAAAAUAGAGAUACUGGAGAAUUCCCAUAGGAAGUUAUCAGGGCAUAAUCUUGGAUUAUGUUCGUUGGAAGAGCUUCAAGAAAUCGACAGCCAGCUCGAAAUAAGCCUAAAGAACAUAAGAUCAAGAAAGGAUCAGCUGUUCAAACAUGAGGUCGAAAAAUUACAAGAAAAGAUUGGUUUGAAGCAAAUGAGACAAGGAGAAGUAGGAAAGCAGAAAGAGAAAGAAAAAGAAAAAGGGAGAUUGAGGCAAGCCAUUGACGAAGGUUGUUCUGAAGUGGUCACUGAGUUGUUUAUUGGCUUACCUACUUCUUCAACAAAUUAAAUUUCAGACACACACAUAUUUAUAUAUAUAUAUAUAUUUGAUAGAGAAAAUUACAACUAUAUAUAUAUAUAUAUUUAUAUGUAUGUGUGUGUUUAAGGUUGUGGUCAAGCUAGUAGUAUUAUUAUUAAACCAAUAAUGAAAUGAGAUGCAGGCAGUAAACCCUAAUUAAUUACUGCAUUUUAAUUUAUUUUUGUACCACUUUUUAUUACACCUGAAUGGAUGAAUUUGUAUUGUUGCUUCCAAUAUUGAAUAUUGAAAAUUGCUGCCA